AGCAGAAACGGCCAUUCUGUCUAACGGUACAUGGGGAUGGGAUGCGCUCCGCGUUAGGCCUAAUGAAACCUCUCGGUUGUGUACCGCUCCCACAGCGGUAUCUGUGUGGUACACGCGUUUGAAGUUAUACUCCACGACUGGAGACGCCGCAAGGUGCUACAGUUGACGAGGAAGCCCUGCAGUGUUUGACCAAGACGAGAAAAUGGGCAAUGUUCGAUUCCACCGUUUGCUCGGCAGAGCAGUGGCUCGAAGGUGACUUAGGAGGUGGCUCGGUGUGUAGCUUGGGACGCGGUGACACGGAAAUGGCAGAAGAGUGAGGUAUAAAUGUCACAGGUGUGAUCUACAUUUGUGCUACGCCAACUUCUGAACUCGUGUAAAGGAAUUUGUCCAGUGAAAUUGGAAGGACAGUUGACCACGCCGAGAAUGACGCCAGUGCUAAUGUGUCUACGUUUCCCCAUGGAUAUCAAUCAUGACAACGCCUCAUGCAAUAUUGCUACUACUGGGUGCCACAGUACACGCUUCACCACGAAGAACGUAAUGCUGAUGCACUGAAGAGCUGAGUCAUGAUGGACUCGCUGAGCAAGCAGGCUGUGCAACAGCAGCGUGUGCAACGACAAGGCUCAAGACUGCGACGGCAACGGAGCCAGGAAUGGCAAGACCCUUAUAGCUCGUCAGACAACGAUGAUGAUCCUGACUUCCGACAUCAGUACGAAGACCCCAGGAACGUCGUCGACCACAGGGUCAUUGAACGGGGACGAGGCCGAAGCAUAAAGGGGCCCAACUCCACCUCCUCUCUCACGCAUGGAAGCAUGGAACUUCUAACGGGCCCUCGAGGUUACGGCGGAGGGCCAGGGUCUGGAUCCGACGGUGAAGGGUACUCCCAGCCCCCACCAAAGUACCCGGGCUACGGGUCUUUGCCUCGGAAUGGCGGAGGCGUCCCGAAGGGCGCCGUAGUCAACUCAAUAGCACGCACGGGCUCGCGGUGUCGUCCUUCGCUGAGGAGAGGUCCAUCAUCGUCGUCAACGUCGGACAACAACUCCGACGCGACGUACACGGACUCCGAGCUUCCGCUUCAUCGGAGAGGAAAUGGGCAGACACUAACUUCGCAAAGCAGGGAAUUAACGCUACGAGAAAGCCCUCCGGAACCAGCACCACCGGCAGUACCCCCGCGCAACGUGCAUGCCAUUCAUGGCUCGGACACUCUUGUCGGACGGAGUGCACGGUUAGGAUACUUGGAGUCGGAAUGCGAGUCUGAACCACCCUACCUGCCCUCAGUUAUCGGGGGUCCGCCGUCCCAAUACGCAGCCCCAGGAGAAGUGAUGACCACAAAUAUGAACUGUUCAAAAGCUGCAGACGCAGUCUCACUCUCAGCCGAACGCGAAUCUAAGAAUACAAUCAACAGGUCGAACCGGAACGACAACGAAAGAGUUUACUGCCAGCCUCAGAACAUCAUACAAACCACGGAAGUCCCUACAGAGAAGGAACCCUGUCCUGACGGCAGCACAUACAGCAAUCCACUGCCCGUCUUCUGCGGAACCCCUUGCUCCACAACAGGGCCUAUGGUCCCUGUGCCGAGCAGCUGCGUAAGCCCACAACUGAUCCAGCAGCAGAAUACCCAAGGGGGACCCCCAGGGGUUCACAGCAACCACGGCACGGGGGCGCGGUCUUCCUUAGCCGCUACAACUGCGUUCGCAUCGGCUGCGAUGGCGACGUCGCGCUUUCAUAUCCAGAAAGCGUGUGGUGGUCAUCGAUGCUCCUGGAAGCUGGCUACUGUUGUCUUAUCUUUCGUGGUUAUCGUGCUGUCUGCCACCUUGGCUUACUUUGCUGCAAUGAGCACUCUGGGGAUACGGCCAGAAGGCAGUAAGGCCUGCAUUGUGGUGGAAAAUGGCAACAACGUGCAGAGCAUGGCAGCGGAGAGAGUAGUGCCAACUGUAAAAGGUUCAACGUCACUAGGUCCCCCGAAGUCCUGUCCAAUCGUACCUUCUGAAGUGGAUGCCUACGGAGAAGUGAAGCUGGGAGUUAACUUAACUCAGUACCUUCAACCCCACGACACGUGGAACCUGUGGUUCAAUCAGCCAGACCCGGCCUUUGUGCGUUUCAAACUGACGGCGAGACAAGGAUCCCGCCUGGUGCUUUUAGCACGUAAGAACGAGCCUCCUUCGCUUACUUCGAGAGAUUUCUCAGAAAUCGUUGCAUCGGAAGACUCUAGGCGGCCGUACCGUCGAGCUGCUGUGCUAGAAGAGGUGGAUUUCAUCCACUACUUGGAGCCUGGCACGUGGUACUUGAGUGUCAUAAACGACGACGCUACCUCAACUGCCGUUACCUUCCAUCCAGCUGUUGCAAGUGAUAUUCCUACAUCGUGUCCCAACAACUGCCACAGCCACGGCAGGUGUCAUCUCGGAAAAUGUCACUGUUUCCCCGGUUACAUCGGCUUGGACUGCGCUGACAGUGUGUGUCCCGUCCUGUGUAGCGGCCACGGCAGGUUCGUCCAGGGUGCCUGCAGGUGUGAGGGCGGUUGGAAAGGUGCCGAGUGCGGAGUGAGUGAAGACGCCUGCGAAGUCCAGGACUGCACGGGACACGGAGUGUGCGUUAAGGGUGUGUGUCAGUGUCACACCGGCUUCAAAGGAGAACACUGCGAACAAGUGGACUGCCCGGAUCCCGAUUGUACCGGUCAUGGUGUGUGCGUGGACGGUCAAUGUUGGUGCAAGAUUGGUUGGAGGGGACCUAACUGCAGCCAACCGGACGACAGGCUGAGCAGGUGUUUCCCGGAUUGUUCAGCCCAUGGCGUGUUUGACCUGGAAACGCAGACGUGUGUGUGCUUUGAUCACUGGACAGGACCAGAUUGUUCCAGAGCUAAGUGCAGCUUGGACUGCGGACCAUCGGGUCGUUGUGAAGAAGGGCGAUGCAGGUGCGAACCGGGCUGGACGGGGCAACGUUGUGACCAGAGAGAGUGCGAUCCUCGCUGCCUGAAACACGGCCAGUGUAACAACGGCACCUGUGUCUGCAUUCAGGGCUGGAUGGGUACCCACUGCACUCUAGAUGGUUGUCCCGAAGGAUGUAACAACAACGGCCAAUGCACGAGAGAAGGAGAGUCUUGGCGGUGCAACUGUCUACCUGGCUGGGCAGGCAGAGAUUGCAGUGUCGCUCAAGAGACGAAGUGCACAGACAAGAUCGACAACGACGAAGACGGUCUGGUGGACUGCGCUGACAGCGAAUGCUGUUACCGACCAGAGUGCACGGAGAACCUACUCUGCCUGUCAUCGCCUGAACCUCAGGACAUUCUCUUGAGGAAACAACCUCCCGCCGUCACAGCUUCUUUCUACCAGAAGAUGAAGUUCCUCAUCGAGGAAGAGAGUGUUCAGAGCUACUCGCACCGAGAUGAGUACUCCGAAAGCCAGUUCUGGAGUGCCUUCGUUAAGAGCCGUGUGUCAGUCAUUCGAGGCCGUGUGACCAGCAAGGAAGGAAACGGCAUCAUCGGUAUACGCGUCAGCGUAGCCACCGAUCCCCAGUUCGGCUUUACCCUCACCAGAAACGACGGAUGGUUCGAUAUCCUCGUCAACGGUGGCGGAGCGGUGACACUUCAAUUCCAGCGGAACCCGUUCCAUCCCAUAAAACGCACCAUUAUGGUACCGUGGAACGAUAUCGUCGUCAUGGGACACGUAGUCAUGUCUGUACAACAAGAGGAAGAUCAACAGUCUCACGGACUCUUCCAAGAGCAAGAACCGUGUGAAGCGCAUGAUUACGAAAGAAUGAAGCCCAUUGUGUAUCAGACAUGGAGACCAGGAUCACAAGGCGGGUGCACGGAGUCCAGCGCUAUCUUAGCAGAGACACAAGUCAUCCAAGAGACCCUUGAAGUACCGGGUUCAGAGUUGCGGCUUGUCUACCACAGCGGACAUGCGCAGGGCUACCUCUCAACGAUUCAUUUACAGUUGACGCCGUCGACCAUUCCAGACAGCCUCCGUCUUGUUUACCUUCGAAUCGUGGUGGAAGGCAUCCUAUUCGAGAAAACAUUUGAGGCGGAUCCUGACAUCAAAUACACUUUCGCCUGGAAUAAACGUAACGUGUACAAACAGAAGGUCUACGGUCUCACCACUGUCACUGUUUUCGUUGGCUAUGAGUACGGCACCUGCAAGCGCACUGUGUGGACGACGCAGUCAACAACGCUUCGAGGCUACGACAUGGACAUAUCAGAACUGGGUGGAUGGAAUUUGGAUAUUCAUCACCGUUAUAACUUCCACGAAGGAGUACUCCAACAAGGAGAUGGUUCGACAGUGUACUUUAAGCAUCAGCCACGCGUGAUCCAAGUUCCAAUAGGCACAGGUCAACAGAGACCGCUCUUGUGCCCCGAAUGUAAUGGACUAGCGAGGGACAACAAGCUCCUGGCCCCAGUUGCUCUAACGAGCGGCCCUGAUGGAAGUGUUUACGUUGGUGACUUGAACUUGGUCCGGAGAAUCACUCCUUCUGGGCAGGUCUACACUGUUUACAGAAUGAAAACCACUGACGUUUCCUACCAGUACCACUUAACGUUGAGUCCCACAGAUGGCCACCUUUACAUCUCGGAUCCAGAGCGUCACCAGAUCUUGCGCGUCCACUCCCUGGACAAAGUCGAAGACCCUGACUCAAACUUUGACGUGGUUGUAGGCAACGGUGAGCGCUGUAUUCCCCGCGACCAUGACAACUGCGGUGACGGGAGACCAGCGCUCGAAGCCAAGCUGUCGUACCCAAAAGGCAUGGCUGUAGCGGUGGACAACAGCCUGUACUUCGGCGAUGGGAAUAAUAUCCGCGUCGUAGACAGUCGUGGGAUAAUUCACACGCUCAUUGGAGAUCACCACCACAAGCGGCAGUGGAGGCCCAUCCCUUGUUCUGGAACACUUCAUUUGAGUGAGGUCAAGCUCCGAUGGCCCACAGAACUCGCUAUCAACCCCGUAGACAACUCCCUGUACUUCAUAGAUGACCACAUGAUUCUUAAACUCACCAAGGACCAACGCAUCCUCGUCGUGGCAGGACAACCUGUGUACUGCAAAGCACAGCAAGGCUCAGCCCAGAAAAGCCGUAUGGGCGAUGACGCCGACCUUGGAACCCUCAUCAGCUUUGCAUUUGGACCAACUGGAACGAUGUACAUCGCAGAAGUAGACCAGAAGGAUUCCUACCGUGUGCGUGCCUUAACACCCGAUGGUGAACUUCUACACUUCGCCGGUCGAGACGAAUCAAGGUGCAAGCAAGCGAUGAUAGCUGCUUGUGACCCGGGAGCUCACAACUGCAGCGUCUCUUCGAGCCUUUGCGCGCCCACCAACGGGAAGACAACGCUUGCAGUGGACACGAAACUACAUUCAGUGUCAUCCUUAACUGUUACCAGCGACGACGUUGUUCAUAUCGCUGACCUUGGAAGUCUGAAAAUUUUAUCGGCUAUACCGUACUUGCCGGAACCAGAUGAUCAGCAAGAGUACCAGAUUGCGCAUCCCGAAAAUCACGAACUAUAUGUCUUUAAUAAGUACGGACAACACAUAGUUACGCGCAGUAUCCUUACUGGCAAGACCAAGUAUACUUUCCUCUACAAUGUCAACACCAGCUUGGGAAAGCUGAGUGCUGUCACCGAUACCUCGGGUAACAAGGUGGCGUUUCUGCGAGACUCCGGGAACAGCUUACACACAAUCGAGACAGCACGGGGCCAAAAAUGUCGAGUGCACGUCGCCAAGGAGAAGCUGCUGGAACUCCUGGAGUCCUUCGUCAACCCCGACAAUCUUCAGACACAUUUUAAGUACGACCCAUCUGGACUCCUUCUGACCCGCUACGACGCGACCGGCAAGACCUUCCACUACUUGUACGACGAGAACGGGCGUCUCACUGACGUUGUCAAUCCAAGUGGACGAGUCACAACUCUGGAGUUCGACCUCAGCUCCGAAGGUGCCUCUGUUUCAGCCAUUGAAGAUAACGGAAAGCGCGUAGUUACUGUUAGAGGAACUACAGUGAUUACAGCCCAAGGUGGCGUCUCUAUCGAGACAACUUUUCAUCAAGACGGGUCCGUGGAAGUGAGCACGCCGUGGAAAGCAGCUGCAGUCUGGGAAGCAGAUACGCAUCGCGUGCUUCGGGAACUGUUGCCCGUUCAGGCAGGAAUGUUCCCCGUGCCCGUGCGUCAAACUCUCUUCUGGGGCGUUGAACCGGCACACACACUGCAAUGGCGCUACGACCUCAAGUUUUCUCGCCGUGAGAACGACAGGGCCAUCUCUGCGGUAGAACGUGUCCUCUUGGUGAAUGGAACGCAGUACCUUACAACGGAAUACGACUGGGUAGCAGCACGAGAGAUCCUCUACAACAGCUCACGUAGGCCGUUCCUAGUGGUGCAGUAUGACAGCUUUGCCAGACCCGUGCAGUGGUUGCCCACGGACACCAGGGUUCCCCUCAAUGUCAUGUACGACCGUCUGGGACGAUUCUCCGGUUGGCAACAAGGUCUACUCUCCGAAUCGUUUGUUUACGAUCGACUGGGACACCUGUCAGAAGUUCGGCUACCAGACAACGCUGCCGUAAAAUACACGUACGACACCAUAAGUAAGCCAACAAAGGUCAUACUUCCAAGCGGUCGCACUUUCGCCUUUCACUACGACGACAACGGAGGCCUGCUUCACGUCGUCACACCAAAAGAAACACGUCACUCCUUCCUGGUACUUGUAUCCAUUGGCUUCUACAAGGUAUACUACACGCCUCCAGGAAACAGUGGGCCUUGCGUCGUCCACUUCAACGACCUCAGCCUUCCGAUACUCAAGAUCUACCCUAGGGACAAAGGCCGAGUUCUCUACCGGUACAGCCAAUCCCUCCUUACAGCCGUCGUCUUCGGAGGAGGAAAAAUCGAAACAAACUACACUUCCACCGGACUUGUCAAGUCUGAGGCCUGGAGCGAAGACGACGUUGAAGUCAGACACGAAUAUUACUACGAUGGUGCCUUACUAACUCAAUGUGUAGCUCGAUUUUACAGCAAGUUCCAGUUGACAACAGCGAACUUUCACUAUCGAUAUGACAAGUGGUUCAAAGUUCGUUCACUCAGCGUUCGAAUUGGGACGCUCCAGUUCCCAGAAACCGAGUUCACCUACUCGCCGAGGACGGGUAGGAGAGAGGUGGUCGGCAACUUCAGGUUCCACGAUCAUAGUCCGAACGAGACGGUUAUUGCGGACAAUGUGGCGAAGUUUACUCAGCAGACGGAUGCCCAGCACAGAAUACACCAAAGAUCCCUUCAUAUCGGCGAUAAAGAGGUGUAUCGCAUGGACGUCCGAUACGGGAAUAGAGACGGAGUCGUGCAGACAAGAACGCUGAUGAGAUUAACGGGAGGAGUACAGCUAAGGACGCAGAACUUCUCCUACGACGAAGAUGAUCAGCUCACCGAGAUGAUGGGGAAAGAUCACUGGAAGUUCAGCUACGACGCCAACGGGAACAUCGUUACGAUGCAGUAUAUGGGAAAUAAGAUCGAAAUUCUUCACGACGUUGGAGACCGAAUUUCGCGCUUCGGUGAAACUCCGUUCGUCGUCGACGACAGAGGAUUCGUCGUUCAGCGCGGAGAAGAGAGGUUCCUUUACAACACGAAGGGGCAGCUGACCAAAGCAUAUCGUACACGAAGAGGAAAAUACGAAGUGCGCUACUUUUAUGAUGCAAGAAACAGGCUUGCCAUGCGAAAAGAUCACUUUGGCAAUAUGACGCAGUUCUUCUACGCUGAUCCAGCUAAGCCUAGCCUGGUGACGCACGUUUAUAACAAUGCCGACGGUCGUAGUAUGAGCCUGGUGUACGACGCCAACGACUUUCUUAUUCAUAUUUUAGUCAACAAGGACAGUUUUUACGUUGCGACCGAUCAUAACGGCAGUCCUACUCUCGUUUUCGAUAAGUACGGCGAAGUCAUCAAAGAAGUCUAUAGAGGACCAUACGGUCACAUAAUCUAUGACUCUACGCCCUUGUUUUACUUGCCUGUGGACUUUCAAGGUGGUAUUUUCGAUCCAUUAACCGGUUUGAUACACUUCGGAGAGCGCAUUUAUGAUUCUUUGAUGGGAAAGUGGAUGACGCCACAAUGGGAAGACGUGCUCCACCACGCCACGAAUGUGAGGAAACUGCAUCUGUACCAGUUCAACCAGAACGAUCCUGUCAAUCUACGACGAUCUGGCAGCAGCAAGAAAUUAGACCUCUCCAACUGGAUUGAGAACCAAGGUAUCGAUAUCAGCAGCUUAGGACUCGGCAGGCCCAGCAUCUUGCGCGAUGCUCCAGGGCUGGUCAUCUCUUCUGCCAUGUCACCAACGUACAACCUCCCUUUACCGGCGGUUCCCUUAAUCUCCGGCUACGCUUGUGCCGUCAGGCGCCGUCUCGAAAGCUUCUCCCGCCUCUCCAGCGUCGAAAGCUCUAAAGUAAAACGCGAACAAUCCACCGAGAAUUCCAUCCCGAAGCUCAGCACUAUCAACGUCCCAUUCGGACGUGGCAUCACUGUGUCCCGAGUAGGGGGAAGAGCGGUAAUCCGUUCCGUCGACAAGUCUGACCCUAUCCAGCGUGACGUCUAUACUUCCGUUUUCAACAACUCGUACCUCUUGAGCCUACACCUUGUGAUGCAUGGUCAAGACGUAUUCUACUUCGUCAAAGACAGUACCUGGAGAUUUCACGAAGACAUAACCCAACUUCAGCGUCUUGGAACGUCGAUCAAUACCACCGUCCAUCAGAGCAAGGCGGAUGACGGCGCUCAGAUUUCAGAUGUACGAAUUCACACCCCGCACGCCAUCCUGAACAUCCGUUACGGCACCGUACCCGAAAGGGAGAAGUUGAGACUACUAUGGCAUGCUAAGAAGCACGCUGUGAGCCAGCGCUGGGCGCAAGAGCGGCAGGUCUUGCUGACCGACCAACACGGAUCAUCCCUCGGUUGGUCCGAGAAAGACAAGGAGCACAUUAUCAGAACUGGAUCAGCUCCAGGCUACAGGGGAGACUAUUAUCAUGAUGUGGACUCUUUCCCCGAGCUAUCGGAUGAUCCAUCAAAUAUAGUGUUCCAUAAGUUACAGCAGCACAGGUGAUGAGCCAGCAAUAACAUUACCUCAAGAAACGGGAAUUUAUACCCACGUCUUCAAGGACAACGUGUGGGCGGGUCAAACAGUCAAGACGUGCUUCAACAACGAGAAAGGAGAGAGACGGAAGUUGGACUUCCGAGCCGUUAUAGGACAACGAAACUGGAAAGCGUUCUGAAUAGAAUGAUAUGUCUUAUUCCGUUCCUGCUCUGCUAACAAUCACUUCAACCGUAAAAGGAUUUCACAACGUAUCAAGCUUUGCGUGCUUACUCUUUUGUUUGUGAAUUGUACGUAUAUCAACGACAAUGAUGUUGUGUACAUAUUGACGAGAGAGAGACUGGGAAGUAAUCCGUGCCUGGCGUUUCUCUAGCGUGAAAUAAUGAGCUUUUCAUCAGUAUUUGAACACUUCCGACGUCCGGAGCGUACGGUUCACUGUGAACUCUGUGUGACUAGUCAGAAACUGAGGUCCCUCAGUGUUGUGCCUGAUUUGUAUCAAAGUGGAUAUUUGUGUUCCCUCGCGUUGGACGCACGGGCAGACUGAUCCUGUUACUAUAGAGUGAAGUUCUGUGUAAGGAUGUGGUUGAGACGCACCUUAACUUCCUCUUCAUUUUACGUUUCCUACCAAUGCCAAAAAAGGAUGACGACACGUUUGCUUGAGAGCUUAAAACUACAUGUUGGGUCGCAUGAAUGCAUGAGCAGCAGAUGAUAUAUGAUAUAAAGUUUUCUGGUCUCCUA